AAAAAAAAAAGAAAAAAGAAUGGCUUAGUCCAAUGAGGUAAAAUCAAUCUAAUGCGCCCAUGUUGUCUAUUUCUUUGCUUUUCUUUAUACACCCUAUAGAAGGCGAAUCUAAUUAAUCGUUGAUAGAGGUGGAGGCUGAAUGGAAGCGGGUCAUCUGGAACUGGAGCGGUUCGUAGCGUUUAGAAACUCUCGUGGUGAGUAGGAUGAGUUCACGUCGUUUACAUCGACCUCAUUGAAUGAGAGACGUGCGCGUGCACGAUGACCCGCCAGCAGUGAUCUCAGCCGGCGCUGCGCCACGACAUGGCGACCGUCAAGGUGACGGAGCAGAAGGUUAUACUGUGCGGCGAGUACGGCGUCGGAAAGACGUCUAUAUUCCGGCGCUUCGCCAACAACACGUUCGUCGCUAGCAACGACCGCAAGUCGACCCUGGGCCUUGACAACAUCGACAAGGAAUACGUCGUCGAGGACAGACGGAUACGUCUGCAAUUAUGGGACACCGGCGGUAUGGAAAGAGUGGCAUCCGUUACCUCUAGUUACUACAAGUUUGCAGAGGCUGCCAUUCUGGUGUUUGCCCUGGAUAACUCGACAUCGUUUCAUUUGUUGUCUCAACAUUUGCUCGACAUAGUUACAUAUGCAGAGAACGCAAAGAUAUUCCUUUGUGGAAACAAAAGCGAUUUGGAAAGCGUCGCGCCACAAGUUACAGACGCAGAGAUGGAACAAUUCUGCGAACAAUGUCAUAAUUUGAUUUCGGGGAUAUACAAAACGUCGUGCAAAACUGGCGAAGGCGUAAACGAGAUGUUUGAGGAUAUAGCACAACAUCUGGUCGAGGCGAAUCGAUCGCGAAUGGAACUUCACGAGAUGGAUAAGGAUCGAUUUAAGAUUUCAUAUGUUGACGAAGCAACCGAUCCAUCAUGUUUGUGCUAAUCUGUAAUUGACAUUCGCUGACACGACAUAUACUUUCUGAGAAUCUCUAAAGUUUAAGGAAAAACUGAAUGAAAUCUUUUAUAUCGAGCAUUUAUCACACGUGACUUUCCUAUGAGGGAAAGUUGCGUCUCGCAGAGGAAGGGAAAAUCCAUAAACGUGAUAUACGUAACAUAUACACAAGUUGUGCGCCACGAUUGGAUCAGGUCUAGGAUAACGCGACGGCAAAACAACUUUCUUGAAAAUUUAUUACACGUUGCGAAAUUAUCUUAAUCAACUAGGCUUGAUCUAUUAAUAUGAUUUACACGAUCGGUAUUAUAUUAUACACUUGAUAAAUAUACAUACUAUAUCUAUUUAAGUUUGUAAAGGUUGCACGAUAACC